UUUGUUUCCUUUGCAGGCUUCACACCGGUUGGUCGGUGCACACUUUCCAAACGGACCGUCAGAGGAAGAUGCAAGCUCUGGAUUCGAAAGAAAUGGAGGUCAUUCUGGCGGUCAUCCAAAGAGCCGAGAAGCUGGACAUAAUCGAGCAGAAGAGAAUAGGGCGCCUGGUGGAACGGCUGGAGAACAUGCAGAAAAACGUCCUGGGCAAUGGGUCGUCCCAGUGCCUGCUCUGCGGGGAAGGCCUGGGUUUUUGGGGGAGCACGGCAGUGUUUUGCCAAGACUGCAAAAAGAAAGUUUGCACAAAGUGUGGCAUAGAAACGCCGGGGGGUCCCCACAAACGGCCCAUUUGGUUCUGUAAGAUCUGCAGCGAGCAGAGAGAG